AUGGGGACGCUUUCAGAGAACAUUUCGUUGUACAUGCACUGGUCACCCUUUCUCAUUCUCGCUCUAAUAUGCUUAAAAUGCGUCCUAGCCAUUAUCCGCGCUAUCAAGUCCCCUCUUUCCAAAAUUCCAGGGCCAUGGUAUGCGCCUCUGACCACAUUACAUUUGAAGUAUGCAUUUGCGAGAGGAACCAUCUGGAAAAACGUGGAAGAGGCACACUUGAAGUACGGUUCUAUCUUCCGCCUUGGACCGCGACAGAUCUGGAUCUCCGAUAAGGAAGCUUUGAAGGUGAUCUUGAUGACUGUGGAUCUGCCCAAGGUCACAAUAUCCGCUGAUAUGGAAAGCUUUGGUUCACAUAGUCGACCCGACCCUCACAAGCGGCUCAAGAAGUUUUUGUCGCCGGCCUUUACCAUCGCAUAUGUUGACAAACUGGAGUUCCUAUUUUCCAAAUGUGUCAGUGACCUUAUCAGCCGAUAUGUGGAUCUUUUGACAUGCUUUCCUUCUUCGGAGAGGAAGAUACCGAUGACCACAGAUCUCAUGGAAGACCUCCAUAACCUGGCACUUGAUAUCAUGGGUGAAUGUUCCUUUGGCAAUGGUUUCGGACAGACCAACAAGAACAAGAACUUGGAACUUGAGUUUGACGAAGGUGUCUGGAAAAGAAUCCCAAUGGCAAUCUUCAGAGGAAUGACUCGAAGAUAUCAAUUUGUUUAUAUUAAACGCCUGCUCAGGAGCCUAGCCUUCAACGUCGAAUUCGAUUGGCCACGAGAGAUGAUUGCUGCCAUCUCCGCUGUCGCUGACCGGCGAAGGGCCUAUCCAACUAAUGUCCGCCCCGACCUUCUGCAGCACCUCCUCGAUAACGGUGAAAGGCCUGACAGCGGAGUGAAAAUGGGCAUCCGAGAGGUGAUCGAUCAGAUGGCCGAGAUCCUUCUGGCUGGAUCAGAGACCACCUCGGGGACGAUUGCUUGCUUUUUCCUGGAAGUCUUGAGGAACCCCGCGGUGAAAGAGAAACUGAUGACGACCCUGCCCGUGCGCAACCCCAACGACCCGAUUAUCUCCAGCAAAACAGUCCGAAUGGGCCCCGAGUACGAGUACCUGGAGGCAUGCAUCAAGGAAGUCCUCCGAUUACAUCCGAUCGCUUCGGAGAUGGGUCGCCGGAUUGGCAACAGUCCUGUUGAGCUGCUGGGAUAUUACCUUCCGGCGCACACCAUUGUUUCCGCUUCCUAUCGGCAGCUUCACCGAAAUCCCCAACAUUGGCCUGAACCUUUGCGCUUCUGGCCCGAGAGGUGGCUAGAGCCUCGGCCCCAUGAUGUACCAGCACCGGAUACGCACGCUUACUAUCCCUUUUCUGCUGGCAAGCACUCCUGCAUUGGCAAGAACUUCGCCAUGGCGGAGAUCCGAAUGUUGACUGCCAAUAUCCUUUCACGAUUUGAUUUCGACGAGGUGCCGGGCCAGAAUAUCGACUACAGGCAGUAUAUCACGAUGCAAUUCGAGCACGGGUCCUGGAAGGUUUACCUGAAGCCAAGAUAUCUCCGAUCUUGA